AUGCGGGCCAACGGCGAUCGCGAUCCACAGACUCGCCUGAGCAACUUGAACCAGGCCUUCUGCAGACUACGUGCUCUGGUGCCCAGUCAUCCGCCCGAACGGCGAAUGAGCAAACAGGAGAUUCUGCGUCAGGCGAUCAACUACAUCCGGGUGUUGGAGACCAUUCUGUGGGAAAUGGAGCAGGAGACGAUGGAGGGGGUGAGGGUGGUUCAGGGACCAGGCAAACAUCUGGCGCCACAGAAACCGUUGCUCUGA